AUGGCUCAAGUGCAAGAACUUUCGUAUACAUUUCCAAAGCUGUCCGACUAUAAUUAUGCGUCCUGGAAACUCGACAUAAAGUGUGUUUUGAUUGAUAGAAAUUGUUACGAGUUUGUUACAAAUGCUGAAGAAGUCAAAUGUGAUGACGCUGCGUCUGAACGAGAUAAAAGAGACUUUGAAUGGCGUAAACGAAGGGCUUAUACCACCAUUUAUCAGUCCGUAGAAAGGAAAUUUCAAAUUCUCAUCGCACAAACAGAAAGUGGAAAGGAAGCCUGGGAAAUUCUCAAGUUAAAUUUCGAACCGACAUCCCGAGCACGUUUAGCUGGAUUACUGGAUGAAUUCUUUGAACUGAAAUUUAACCCGAGAGAAGAAACUGUUGGUUUAUUUUGCAAGAAAGUGGAAGAAAAAACGCUACAAAUAAGAGAUGCUGGUUUUGACAUGCCAGAGUUGUUACUGUGUUUCCAACUUAUACGCCGGUUACCCGAAGAAUAUGAUAACUUAGUUCAAAUACUGUACAGAUUAGAAGAUAAAGAUUUUACGCUGGAAAAUGUAUCGAAGCAACUUAUCACCGAGUUUGGAAGAAUUUGUUUGAAACGCAAAGAUGAAGGGAAAAUUAUAGCUGAUGCAUACACGACAAAAUUUAAGUCUCCUGACGAGAAACCUCCAAUGCAAAAGAAUUUCGGAAAUAGAAAGCCAUCGUCUUCAAGCAGUGGAAGCGACCUGGAUCCUCGAAAAAAUUGGAAUUCUUCACGACUUAAUCGUAUGGGGCCGAAAUUUAGCUGCAAUUACUGCGGGAAACUAAAUCAUUUGGAAGAAAAAUGCUUCAAAAAAGCCAGAGAUCUCGAGAGAAAACAAGCUUUAUAUUGCGAGUCUACAAAACAGACUGAAUUAGCUUUCAACACUUCAUCCAUUGAUAGACAGAUAGUAGAAUUUCUGAUAGACUCUGCGUCGACUUCACAUUUUGUAAAUGACAAAGAACUCUUUAGUACUUACCGAGAUAUUCCUCAUCAAAAAGGCACUGCCGACUACGAGAUCGUCUUCAACAGGUUGUCGCAGCCGUCUUGGUCCGAGACGCGCGCACCCGGCUGGCCGGAUGUACGCUUAGUUGACGGCGAUUCCAUUCUUCAAGGCCGCCUGCAGCUCCUCCACAACGGUGCCUGGAGAUCUGUCUGCACCAACUCCAAGAAUUGGACAGAAGAAUCCCUGCACGUGAUGUGCCGCCAACUGGGGUUCUCUGGCGGCCACCUGUACCACUGGUUCUCGAGGAACAACGAUUCUAGUCAGCUGCUGUACGAAGAUCCUCGGUGCAAUGGGAACGAAUCAUCUUUAUUCGAGUGUCCGAAUUGGACUUCCAGGAGGUUGGGCAGCGGAGUCUGUGAUUACCAGUCCGACAUCGGAAUUCGAUGUGAUAAACACCUAGGCAGUGUAGAUUCUUCAAACUGGCGGGGAAUCUUCUUCCAAAGUGCACAAGUGAAGCUCAAAGAACCUGUCGAGAAUAAAGUCCGGCGUUACGACUCCCUAUCCAAGUUGGAGCAUGUGAGAAUACUGUAUGCAGGCCGGGAUGCAUAUGGGAAUGCGACCCCCGCUUUGGAGGUCGUUGGCCAACCACCCCUCAUGAACGCGGUUAUAGUGAGGCAUUCUGCCUUUGAUGCCAUCCAUGUUUAUAAACCAACAGAUGCCUUUUCCAUAGAAAACAGUGUCAUUUCUGAAAAUAGAGGAUAUGGUGUGUUUGUGAAUACUAGUCUUAGCCAGAUCACUCUCAACGGCGUGAAGGUUGAAGAUAAUGGAGGAGACGGCAUUCAUUUUGUCCGUCACGAGAGCUUCGGUGGUGCGGCUUCAUUCUGCGACACUGGCAAUAUUCGGGAUGAGCAGAUUUAUCCCGUCUAUCGCAGCCACGUGCAGAAAAGGGAACAGCACUUUGUUCGAAAUUGUGAACAGAUGUUUGAAGUGGCCAGUUGGACGGAACAAAUCUUGACUGUGAAUUUCAUGGGCCUGACGAGUGAUUUCACCGAUCCCAACAAUGCAUCACGGAUCGAAGUUUACGAUGGUGCCACGGAGAGCAGCAGACACCUUGCAACAGUGCCAAUAAUCAACAACACCUUUCCUCAGAGUGUGACCAGCUCAAAGCAAAAGAUAUUGCUGAAAUUCAUCCCGAUCAAAGGACACGAUGCUUCAUUUGUCAUAGAAAUUCUAGCCAAUCAAGGAAAAGCAUAUGACUUAAACAUAACGAAGAGCAACAUCUCUAACAAUCAAGGCAAAGGCGUUACUAUUGAAGACAUGAGAUCUGGAGUUUUAGUGAAUGAGUCGUCAAUAACCGAAAACAAUUACUUAGCUGGUUUGGAUGUUUCUGGUGGAAGUGGUGACGUUAUGGUCAAUAACUCGAUUAUUAGCCUGAAUAAAGGCGAUGGCAUUAAUAUUACUUAUGCUGGUGGCUUCAUUCACAUAGACCAAACAUCCAUUGCUAAUAAUGAAGGAAGAGGAUUUAGUUUUUGGUCUAAUGAAACAUCUAAUCAUAAAUGUCACAAUUAUACAGCCCACAUUACCAAAUCGGAAAUAGUUAGUAAUGGUUUGUAUGGAAUCCUUAUUGGUAAUCAGUGUGUUUCAAACUCUGUGUGGAACAUCAGCAUGAAUUCUUUUCGAAGCAAUGAGGAUAGUGGUCUACUGAUAUCAUCCUGCUGGAAGAUUCGAAAAGCCGGUGUCCGUAGCAAGAUAUACGUAACUCACAAUGAAUUCAUUGACAGCAAUCACCUUGCUCUUAAAAUGUCCCCAGUCUUACAUUCUCAUGUUAUAAUUGAACAUAAUCAAUUUAAGAGACAUAAACGUGGAGUUAUUUUCAUGAAUGGUUUGGAUGAUGAUGACUUUUUUAAAGCUUUUGCCGAAAUCGAAAUCCAGUACAAUUACUUUACACACAACUAUGGGAAGUUUGUAGCUAAUAUUGGUGUUGCUCAGGGUACUUCUGCCCAAAAAAUGCUGUUUUAUAAAAAUGAGCUUGAAAAUAAUGUUAUUACCGAACCUUUCCCGCACCUGAACCCACGUUCCCGCGUAGCCGCAGUCGUUGUGGUUUCUUCUCAAAACACUGAUGUAUAUAGGAAUCGAUUCCAGAAUUUUGAGUCUGUGUAUGAACUUGGAUCACAUGUCGAAAGACAUAAUAUAAUAACAAAUGCUACUUUUAACUUUUGGGGAGCUACAAAUGUCACUAGAGUUUAUGGGAAAAUUUUUGACAGAAAGGAUCGUUACAAUCUUGCCCAAAUUGAAUUUUUACCAUUUCUGACGCUUCGUUCUGAUCUGGAUACUACCACUGCAAUAUCCGACAUGCACGAGAGAGAUAAAAUUCUUCGUUUUCGAAAUGAUUUUGAAAUCGGCGGAGAGGUUCCAGGUGUAGAAUACUUAAGGAGAGGUACAUAUGUCGUCAAAAGAGAUAUUUAUGUGCAUCCCGGGACUGGUCGGUUGAAUAUAGAUCCAGGAGUUGUUCUAAAGUUUGAAAGAUCUAUUGGAAUGAUGGUCCAGGGUGCAUUAUUUGCUGAAAGUGAAAGUGAGUACUCGCCCAUAACGUUUACGCUUGAUGAGCAGAGUGGUCGGAUCGACGAAAGCAAGGUCAGGUUGUCGGAUGGAAUGGAAGGACUGUUGGAGGUUUUUGUGGAUGGAAAUUGGGGAAGUGUCUGCGAUUAUGGAUGGGACAUAGAGGAUGCUUCAAUUGCGUGUAACCAAAUGGGUUUCGUAUUGCAUCCAGAAGAUUGGAUGUUGGAGCAAUCGGAGUUUGAACACGGCACGAGAUAUCCAAUUAGAUUAUCAAACAUUCAGUGUACUCUGUUAGAUACUGAUAUCACUCAGUGCAAGUCCGAAAAAGAUUUUGAAAACUCUUGUUCUAUGAUGGUAGGUCUUAGAUGUUACCAACCAUCCUGGUCAGGAAUAAGAUUGGGUAUGGCUGCUGACCGAAGUAACCUAAAGAAUGUAGUCGUCGAGUAUGCUGGAUUGCUCGACUACGCAACGAACAGUUUUAAGCCAGCUUUGCAGAUUGAUUUCAAUAAGCACUACCUGCAAAAAUUGAAAAUUCACAGUAACAUGGACUCUGGAAUCGGUAUCAAGUGGAAUGAAAUGUUUGUUCUAGAAAACAGGCAAUUACUGGACUCUCAAUUGAAUUCGAACCGUCGUCAUGGCUUAGUUGUGCAUUCCCAGGGUUUGAAUGUUCUCAGAUGUGAUUUCUCCAAGAAUGAAGCUAGUGGGUUCCAUUACAAUCCUAUGUUUACCAGAUCGGAGCAAAGAGAUCUGAUUUCGUGGAUUAAUUUAGAAGAACGGGGUAAAGUCAUUAGGAUUCCGGAUGAUGUUCAAGGCCGGAAUGUACAUUUAAAUACCGAUGAGUAUAGGUAUCUGAUUUUCACCAAAACAACAGCACUAAAGGAAUUCAGCUUGACAACAAAUGGAGGUCGAAGUAUUGGGAUAGUUGUUUUGAAUCCGUUCGGAAAAUCGACAUCUGAAAAUAUGACGAUAUACGGACGGUUAGAGAUUGCAGAUGAUGUGAUACGCUGGGACCUUCGGGACAAUUUGACAGCAUUUCCUUUAAGAACCCCUGGAUAUGGUGUACUAGUGGAGUAUAAUUCUGGAGAAGAUCCUAGUGGUCAAGGAAUCAUAUACAUUGCAUCUGUUGAUGGACAAAGAGACAGAUCUCCAUGGGAGAGUCAUCCAACAAUUCACAUAGAUUCUGCGAGGAUAACCGACUGUGGCAGAGGAAUAUACAGCCACCAUUUCAACAGAGAUAUAAGCGAUCACGGUGACCAUUUUCAUCGCUACACCAACGAAACCAUACUUGUGACCAAUACAGUGAUUUCUGGAAGCAAGAUGGAGGCCAUUUUUGUAUGGACGCCAUUUUGGGAUCCAGUUAUUAAGAACCUUGCUGAAAUCAACUACACCAUUAUUAAUACUACAAUAAACAGGAAUUCUAAGGGCUUGCUGCAUUACAGUAGAGAUAUCAGGAAUUCUAAUAAUCUUUUUCAUUGGACCAUCAACAACACAGCUAUCGAGGACAACGCUGAAGGCGGAAUCGAUGUUCGUCUUCCUUAUGUUUGGCAGUACUCUGAAAACUACACCCACUCUUUUUCAAUGCACAAGUGUUCUCUGAUGAACAACCGAAAGUUUGAAUUUUUGAUAAGCGGGCAUUUUGCAAAGGUGAACAUGUCGGGCAAUCGUUUCCAGAGGAAUAACUGCAAGAAAGGAAUUAUGGGGUUUUACGGAAUGGAGAAAGAACUUUUGAUUGAAGAAAAUGUGAUAACCGAUAAUUCAGCAGUAUUUGGGGUAGAAUUUAAUUUAAAGAGCCAUGCUAAUAAAUUUGGACUGAUACCUGCAAGUUUUCACAGAAAUAUUAUCGCGAAUAAUCGGGACAUAGGCCUUGGGCAAAAAUUUGGAUAUCAGCCUACCAGUUAUGCUCUUGCCAUUCGAGGUGUUCAGUUGAUUAACGUUACCAGAAAUAUAUUUAACAAUCCGAAUUUGCAAUUUGAGUUACUGACGGGCGUGCUGACCGGAUCCGUCAAGAACAAAAUUAAUGUGGGUAGGAACUGGUGGGGAUACAUUGAUCCUGCUGAGAUACAAAAAAGGAUAUUUGAUUUUGAUGAUUGGAACGGAUAUACCAUUGCGGAUUUUAAUCCCUACCUUGGAACAGAAAAUAUUGAUGGUGGAGUUAUAUCAUUUAAUUCCAGUGAUCAAACACUGACUACCAGCGGAUAUCUGAAUGGACGCUUGUACAGUGACUUGACAUUGCCUUGGAAAAGCACACCAUAUGUAGUCACUGCUGACUUAACUAUUAUGCCAGGUGUCACUCUCAAAUUGGAUCCUGGAGUUGUGAUCGAGUUUUACCCUAGUGUUGGAAUAUUAGCUCUCGGGGACAUUGUUGCUGUCGGUAAAUCCAGCAGUCCAAUCGUCAUGAAACCGGCCAGGAUUUUUGACGAGAGAAGAUUCCGCAGAAAAACCAUACCGAUCAAGUCCAGACUGUGCAUUGAUGAGAAAUGUGAUGAGAAAAGGCAAGAUGGUUUUCUGGAAAUAUACAACGCUACUACUGAGCAGUGGGUUCCAAUAUGUGAUGCUCGAUUUACGGAAAGGAACGCGCAGGUUGUCUGCAAGGAAUUAGGUUAUAAUAAUUUGAAUGUUCAGUUGGCUUUUGGACCGAGGUUAGACAUGGUUCCUACGUUGACUUCACGUGUUAGAACUUGGCCGCAUCCGUUGGAAUGUAUAGGUACAGAAUCGGCACUGGGUGAUUGUGAGUAUAGAUUGAAUGGCUACAUUGAGAGCUACAAGUGUCCUUUCGAUGGAGAUUAUGUGUAUGUAUAUUGUGGCUCUGAAACACUGGUAGGCUCAGAAGAACACUGGGGUGGAAUUCGUUUCUCCAUCCCCAAUUUCGAGACUUCCGAUUCCCCUCUGAAUAGGCCAACGCUCAGUUACGUGAUGAGUGAUUCGUCUCGCUUGGAAUAUGUCCACAUCAGAGGUGCUGGAGUCCUCCAUAAUGAAAAAAGUGCUGCACUUCAGUUGGUACAGAGGGAAAUUCUGAUUAAUUACGUCAAUAUUUCUGAAAGUGCAUCCCAUGGCAUUGAAACUGUUGGAGUGUCCGGCAGCUUGUCGUUCGACAACCUCAUCAUCAGUAACAAUAUGGGCAUUGGUAUCAAUAUUCUGUCUUUAACUGGUGAAUCUUUUGGUGAUGCAUCAGUGUCAAAGCUGGGAUAUGAUCCACUGAAGUCCAUCGAUAUGUCUUACGGUAUAUUUGGCAUGGUGGACAUGUGUGAUAUGAACAAGGAAAUGAGUGUGGAGAAUAGAAUUCUGCUUUACUACAAGUAUGACAACCAACCUGUUGACUGUGUAAAGAUAUUCAGCUCUCUGCACUAUGGAAAGCAGGUCGGUUUCAGGCUGCUACAGUUCAACCUGUUCGAUGGGACCAAGUACGCUGCCCAACCGGAUUUCAUACAGAUAUAUGAUGGCGAUGUCUUUAAUGAUACCACUCCACAGGUGGCUAAUAUUGGAUGGCAUCACGGAUAUGAAAAUGUGACCAAGUUUUAUGUCUCUACAGACAGCACUUUAAGCAUACUGCUUCACACUAUUGGUGGAAGUGAGGAUCAUGGGUUUAUUGCUGAAGUUGUAACAUUGCCAAUAUCACAUCCUAAAGCUCGUAAUUCUCAGCACAAUGUGUCCUAUUCUGAAAUUUCUAACAAUGGUUUAGAAGGUAUUGCUUACAGAAGUGCAGGCGAAAUAACACCAGCCAUUACUCUCAGAUACAAUCGCAUCGACAACAACGGCAGAGAAUUGUUUGGAAACUUCACGGCAGGAAACAGCGCCAUUUUACUAGAUGUGCAGAAUGCGAAAGAAUUGUACUUCUAUAACAACCUGAUCAUGAAGAACCAGGGUGGUCUACUGCUCAGGGUGGAUUCCCGAACGGCAGUUUCUGCGCUGGAUGGAGUUAUCGUCAACAACCUUUUUACCGAGAACAGGAACAGGGAAGUUUUGAAUUUCCAGGGCAGGAAAGCUGGUGCAUUCCAGUACAUCAAUGUGUUUAGGAAUUACUUCACAAGAAACUAUGCCCAGUAUAGAGACACAAUAUUUGUAUCACAGGUUAUUUCAAACUUGACCGAAAACCUUGCAUAUAACAACACUGGAAAGCAUUUACUUGAUGUCAGAGGCUUUCAGCGCAUGCCUUUAUCAUUCCAAACAUGUGAAAAAAAUUGGUUUUGGAGAAAUGUAGCAACGGAUAUCUGGGACAAGAGCACCAUCAUUGCUGGCAAAGCUGGACAACAAUUUAACCACAACUAUUUGGUUAACCCCGACAACGAUUUUGAACUUUCGGCAAGGAACAGGAGCCUAUAUAAUGCAAGAGAGAGUUUCAUUGAUGCAAAGAUGAACUGGUGGGGAUUCAACGGAACGGCAGCGAUUUCUGGGAGAAUCAAAGAUUAUAGCGACUUUGAAGAACUUUUGGAAGUAGAAUAUUAUCCAUACUUGCACGAUAACAGCAGUGUGCUAAGUGGUAAAUGUGCUGGUGGUUGGAAGAAAAUUGGGGACACUUGUUUUCUCUAUGUUGGUGGAGUAAUGACUUAUGCUGAAGCAAAACGGUUUUGUGAACUCGACAAUGCUUCUAUGCCGUACGUGAAAACUAAACAUGAUGAACUGAUGGAAUUUGUGAAGGAACGGCAAUACUACUACCAGCACUAUUCAGACAGAUUUUGGAUUCAAUCUCUGGACAUUCCCCCUCGCGAGUGUGCAGUUUUGGUAAACAGGAAAGUUGUCCGCCGUUCGUGUACGGAGUAUUUUCCAUUUUUGUGUGAACGAGACCCAGAAAUCACAGUAUCCACCAGCUUAUGGUUUUUGGAACCCCUCACGCUGGCUUUUAUCAGUAUCACGGGCCUUGCCGUGCUGUUUGCAGUCCUUUGCGUAGGAUUCUGGCUCUGCAAAUCGAGGCAGCGAUAUCGAGAGAAGCUGGAGAGACGCAACUCCAUCAGGGCGUCCAUAAGGUCCAACCGAUCACUGACCGGUUUCUCGGAGUUGGGGUACAAGAGGCGACUCGAGAGGGCCUUCGAGACCGAAUCCGCACCCAAAACGCCCCAGCUCAAAAUGAACGGAAGCCUGGACUCCGUCGAGAAGACUGCUUCGAGGUUCAGCUGCUCGAUGGAUGAGAGUUAUGAGAAUACCGUGGGAGAUGCCAGCUCUGCGAGGGUUCCCAAUGGAGAUUUCUCUGCCUUCGUUGGAGGAUACUCCCACGAUGCCCAGCACGAAAACAGAACUGCCAACCUAAUGGUCCACCCGACGUUCGACCUGACUUACGAGAACCAGUGUUUCGUGGACCGCUCUGCAUCGCGAAACUCCCACGAGAUAUCUCGCGAUUGGAGUUCCUCGACUGGCUCCACUCUGGACAUGAAGAGGUCGUUGGAGCGAGAAACGAAGGGAGGACAGGCUUACGUGGGACCCUAUCAGCACAGCCCGUCGCUCGCCUCUACGUCAGAGUCAAACGACGAGAGCACUCGCAGCAGUUGCAGGCAACCCCCACUAGAGACCGCCAUGUGAAGUGCAUUUACUCAAAGUCAAUCUAUGUUCCUAGGAAAGGCUGUAAAUAACAUUCGAGCUUGUAUUCGUCUUUCACACAAAGGUUGUGUUUGAAUAAGCCAACCGGUUAGCCCGGGCUCGGCGCACUCUGAGUGAAAGUAUUUUAAUAGAGCCACUGGUUGUAUCUCAAGCCGUUCUAAUUCAGUGGUUGAUCAACGGGUUGUCCGCUGAGGUACCGCAGGAGAAGACCGGUUGUGAGACCAUGUGGUAUUUUAUGCCAAUCAAAAGUCAACAGCUUGAAUCAAAGUUCUGAAAGAAUGUUCAUGUGCAUUUGUCUGCUCAAGCAACACCGAUUUAACCAUAAGGGGUUGACAAAGCAACCAACAUCAAAACUUAGUUACUGAUGUCAUUAAAAGUCAUGUAACCAACGUCAUGGGUUAACCGGUCAUCCUAUUUGAACACCACCAAAGACAAUUCUUCAAAAUUAUUCGUUCAAUCAGGGGAAUGAUCAUGUGUGGUGCAAGAACUAUGAAAUAUAGUGACCCUGACCCACUUAGAUAAAUAGAACAGGAUGCGGUAUUGUGGUAAUAAAGCUAAUACUCAAUGGAAAUGAAGCACAAAUCGUGAGAAAAAAAUAUUGCAAAUAGCCCUUUUUAAUGACAGCUACAGUGGAGCUCGUACAUCAGUUCAAAAAUACUCAACAGCAAAGUACCGAGUGUUCUUGUGUCAUAAAAUGAACUCCACCAUAGCCUUGAAAUAGCUAUUAGUAGUAUUUUGUUCCCUAUGUAUGCUUUGUUCAAGUCUAUUAUUUGCUUUAUUCACAUUUUAACUCAAAGAAUCGUAAUCUUUCUAAAGUUUGACUUCAACAACAGUAUUAAAGUUCCUUUGAUUUUCAAUAAUCAUGACUUAUUUACAUUUGUUCAACAAGCAUGUUGAAUUUUCUGCAUUUUAUAUGUUAUCCAUGUAGAAAUAU